AUGGAGAUCCCUGUGAUAGACUUUCAAGAGCUUGAUGGUGAGAAGAGGAGCGAAACAAUGGCGCUUCUCCAUGAGGCUUGCGAAAAAUGGGGCUUUUUUCAAAUUGAGAACCAUGGAAUUGACGCAGCGUUGAUGGAGAAAGUCAAGCAAUUGGUGAAUCAGCAUUACGAGGAAAGCAUGAAGGAGAGCUUCUACAAGUCGGAGACAGCCAAAAGCUUGGAGAAAAAAAGCCUUACCACUAACACAGACUGGGAAAGCACCUUCUUCAUUCGGCAUCGUCCAAACUCAAACAUCAAUGAUUUUACAAACCUCCCAAAUCACAUAUGCAGCAAAACGAUGGAAGCAUACAUUGAUCACCUGAUUAAGCUAGCAGAAAAACUUUCCGAGCUCAUGUGUGAGAAUCUUGGAUUGGAGAAGGAAUGCAUAAGGGAAGCAUUCUCGGGAACUAAAGGUCCUUCUGUAGGGACAAAAGUGGCAAAAUACCCUCGAUGUCCUGAACCUGAACUUGUAAGAGGACUUCGUGAGCAUACUGAUGCUGGUGGGAUCAUUCUCUUGCUCCAAGAUGACCAAGUCCCAGGUCUCGAGUUCUUCAAAGAUGGACAAUGGGUGGAGAUUCCACCUUCCAAGAACAACACCAUCUUUGUCAAUACAGGUGAUCAAGUGGAAGUAUUGAGCAAUGGAAGGUAUAAGAGUUGUUUGCAUCGUGUGAUGGCAGACAAGAAUGGAAGCAGACUGUCCAUCGCCACCUUCUACAAUCCUGCCGGUGAUGCCAUCAUCUCCCCAGCUCCCAAACUCUUGUAUCCCAAUCACUUCCGUUUUCAAGAUUAUCUGAACCUUUAUGCCACAACUAAGUUUGCGGACAAGGGUCCCAGAUUUGAGUUCAUGAAGAAAAUGACCAACGGGCAUGAGAGUAGUGUUGUCUAAAAGACUCCUUAUUUUAUCCAUGUAUUCUGUACUCACUAUCAAUGCGUCCUCUGUUUAUCUUAGUGUUUUCUAGUUCCAGUAUAAGGUAACAUGUUGCAUUUAUUACCGUAUCCUAUACAUUUUGAGCACUAAUGAAAUAAAAUCCUAUAA